GUGCCCAAUGAACUGAGGGGCGAUAUAAACGGGCAGGGCCUGAGGGUCGGCAUAGCCUGCGCCCGUUUCAAUGAAGUAAUAACCAAACUGCUGUUGGACGGUGCGUUGGAGACGCUUGCCAGGUGCGGCGUGCGCGACUCCGACAUCACGGUGGCCUGGGUGCCAGGUUCCUUCGAAUUGCCCGUGGUCGCGCACGCCUUCGCCAAGAGCGGACGCUGCGACGCGGUCAUCUGCCUGGGCGCGGUGAUUCGCGGCGAGACCUCCCACUACGAUAUGGUUGCGGGACAGGCCCAGGGAGGCGCCGGAGCGGUCAGUAUGGACACCGGUGUCCCUACCAUAUUCGGCGUAUUGACCACCGAGAACCUUGAACAGGCCCUCAACCGCGCCGGCGGCAAGUCUGGCAACAUCGGCACCAACGCCGCCUUGGCCGCCGUGGAAACGGCGUCGGUCCUCGCCGCCAUCAACACCGCCUAG